AUGCGGUUUCCGACCUUCAUCAAAUCCCUGCUGCUCGGUGUGCCCGUAGGAGUUACCUUGCUGGACUGUGUUGGAUAUGUGGCCCGGGUAGAAGGCAUAUCAAUGCAGCCGGCGCUCAAUCCAGAUGCUGCCGUUACGGAUUACGUGUUCCUUUCGCGAUGGGCUGUACGAAACAUGGAUGUGCAACGAGGAGAUAUAAUUUCUCUCGUGUCCCCAAAAGAUCCUAGCCAGAAAAUUAUAAAACGUGUUGUCGCGCUCCAGGGAGAUGUUAUCUCCACAUUAGGGUAUAAGCUUCCGUAUGUAACCGUCCCGGAAGGCCAUUGCUGGGUUGAAGGGGAUCAUACAGGUAAUUCUUUAGAUAGUAACAUAUUUGGCCCAGUUUCGUUGGGGUUAGUAACUGCUCGAGCCACGCAAAUUGUUUGGCCACCAUCCCGUUGGCAACAACUUCCUUCUACUGUACCAAAAACUAGAAUCCCAAUAGCAAUAGGCAAACGACCAGCCGCUGGAAGUAAUGUUGGCCAAAGCCAUACGGCUAACACUAGCAGUAGCAACAGUAACUGUAAUGCUUCAUCUCUAAUGCAUCCCGUAAAAGAAUCGAUAACUCAAUAAGAAAAGUUUUUGUUUGUUAAAAAAUUAUAUUGCCAGUGAAAUAAUCAACUUCGUUUGGAUUGAACCAAAACUCGACUCGUUAUUUUCAAGGACCUUUUCUGUAACUACAUCAUGUGUGAAAUGAAACUAUAAAGGACUGAUAAAUCACAUUUUAAGUUAUCUGCAAAUACGAAUAUCUAUUAAAGUACUUCAUAAUAAUAAUAAUAA